CAAGCCGCCCGCUCUGGCCCAGUGCCACGGAGAGGAGGGGCAGCCAAUCCCCAGAGCCCAUUAAAAAGCCAAGCUUAGCCGAAGCCAGAAGAAGAAAACACCUCCAUAGAAGGCAGCGGCGGCAGCAGAGCAGCUACGAUCUGCGAGGCUUCCUCUUCUUUCAGCGGCGGGAUCCUUUGCCAGGCCCCAGUGAGAAGGCCGAGCGCAAGCCAAACUUUCGGGACUGCCUCCUGUUCUUGAAGCGCAAGAAGCCCUACCGGGAUCGCCGCAAACGUAGAGCUCAGAAGAUCGACUGAGCGGGCGCGCGCGCGCGCGCGUCUGAAUGAGGCGGCAGGAGCAGUGAAAUCUCACCCACCCGCCAUCCUUCCCUACCUCCCUCCCUGUCUCUCUCUCUCUCUCUCUCUUUUGGUGUGCAAGAUGAGCGCUACGCUCCCGAGCCUUCUGGCCUCGCUGGCCGUGUUGCUCCUGGGAAGGAUGGACCGCCUCGCCGACGCCUGCAGUUGCUCCCCAGUGCAUCCGCAACAAGCGUUUUGCAAUGCAGAUGUAGUGAUCAGAGGGAAGGCUGUCUCUGCAAAAGAGGUGGACUCCGGUAAUGACAUCUAUGGAAACCCCAUCAAGCGCAUCCAGUAUGAAAUCAAGCAGAUAAAGAUGUUUAAAGGGCCCGAUCAGGACAUUGAAUUCAUCUACACAGCUCCUUCCUCAGCUGUUUGUGGUGUGACGCUGGAUGUUGGUGGCAAGAAGGAGUAUCUCAUUUCAGGGAAAGCUGAGGGCAAUGGCAAGAUGCACAUCACGCUGUGUGACUUCAUCAUUCCUUGGGACUCCCUCAGUUCUACCCAGAAGAAGAGUCUAAACCAGCGGUACCAAAUGGGCUGUGAGUGCAAGAUCUCCCGUUGCCCUUCCAUCCCUUGCUAUGUCUCUGCUCAGGAUGAGUGUCUGUGGACUGACUGGGUGACAGAGAAGAACAUCAAUGGGCGGCAGGCCAAGCACUAUGCCUGCAUCAAGCGGAGUGAUGGUUCAUGUGCAUGGUACCGUGGAGUGGCCCCACCUAAGCAAGAGUUUCUUGACAUUGAGGACCCUUGAGUCCCCAAGGCCAUGGCAGUCCAGUAGCCAAUAGCAACAAAGCCGGCAAGAAAUUAGACUGGUCCACCUUUGACAUCGUUUCCUGGAAACAGCAUGAAAAUGACAAGGUCUCCUGGGCAGGUCCAACAGUGGUGGAGGAAGGAGCUAAGGAUGGGGAUGUCUAGGCCACUCGUAUAUUGCUUCAUCUGUUUCUUCUCCUGUGUUGUGCCAAGGGGCAGUUUCUUACAAUUUGAGUCACUUAUGCCAACGUGAGAAAGUACCAUGGAGGGAACCAGAGUGUACCGUACGAGUGGCUGAGAGGUGUUGCCUCUGAUUCUGUGUAGCAGGCCUACCAGGUUCUUACUGCCUUGAGGAAGGGCAUCCCUUGUUGUGGGGAUAGCUCCUACUCCCUCUGUUCCCUACCCUACUGGCUUCUGCCUGUGUAACCCCGUAUUUCCCUCCAUACACAAACAAAAUUAAAUUCCUCCACACUCAAAAGUGCUUCAAAGUCAUUCCCUUCUCUCUGCCUCAUUGGGACUGAGUAAAUAUGUCUCAUUCCUUCCAGUAAAAUAAAAUGGUGGCUUUGUCACUCACAAGUCAUGAUGAUAUCCUCUUCUACUGGAGAAGAGAGUUGCAUUUCCUUUCCAAUGACAAAGCUGAAUUAGCCAUCAGUGGGCAGAGGAAUAAUCUCUGCUUUCAGAGUAAAUGAUUUGGGGACAAAAGUGGGGUCACAACAUUAGUUAAAACAGAUAGUAAGCCCUGCCUAUGUGUGCACAUGAAUCGCGUGUAGAUUCUGGCUCUGUGUUCUCAGUUAUCAAGUUUCAGCAAAGGAGCAUUUGUUAGGGGAUCUGGGUUAGCCCAUUAAGCCUCUUAGCCGAACCGUAUGUGUUACCUAUGUCUUAUUGCUUGCUUGUGUCAUUAAUGGAAAUAUGGUGCCAAAAUCGGUCCCAGCCAGUGGUAACACUUGCUAUUCCUUGUAAUUUUUUGCUAUGCAGAGUAAUGAUUUCCAAAAUGGCCAAAGUGGCUCCAAGUUCCCACCAUCUGCCCUCUGUAGAAAUUGACGCUUGUGGCAAGAGCUCCCCAGAAGGCAGGAGCUUUGAGUUCCCUUCCCAAAUAUGUGAGUGAAAGAGCCAACAAGUCAAGGCAUAACCUUGUAAACUGUGAGUAUAAAUGCACCUUCGGAGAAUAAAACCAGACCUUGGCUACCUGCAAAAUAAUCAUAUCACUCAGCUCCAUCUCCAACUCCCCCUUUUUUCUUCUGAGCCAGUUCUGUGUUUGCUGUGGUCCCCAAGCUCUGCAUAGCCAUCCCCACUUUGCAAUAAUCUAAAAUUGAUUUGGAGGGUGUCCGGAAGUUCCCCCAGCCAGACCUACCCCCUGCGGCCUUUUCAUGCUGUUUAUCAAGGUAGAGUUUUACAGAUGUCAUAUUGGACCAGUCUGUUUGAUUUCAAUAUAUUUUAAAAAAAGAAAAAGGAAAAAAAUCUGUUCAGUCCAAUAUAAGAUUCCUGUUUUGCUUCCUGUAUGGUUAUAUCCUAUGUGACAUUUACCUCUCUCUCUUUUCCUCUCACUGCUGAUACUGUUUUUGAUUUUAAUGUUUUUCAUUUGUUUUGGCAAUCAGCUGUAUCAUUCCUCUAUUAUUUUUUUUGUUAAAGAAUUUCCUUGUUAGCUGUUAGAUUUGCACUUAUUAUUUUAAAAGGGGUUCUGUGUUGGAGGGAAGAAUGUCAAAAUAUGUGGAGAGUGGAGUCCUUCCAGUUAUUUCUGAGUGCCAGUUUGGGGGAGGGGGGCUAGCAUUUCUCCUUCUGUCUUCCUCUUCCUGCCUCUGCAACAUGCACAGGUCUUUUCUAGAGGUUGGAGGCUGGCUGUGACAAGUGACUGCGUCUUGCAAGACAAAUUGCAGUUCCGUGACUGCCAUACCAAAAUACAAGUUUGCCAUUCUAGUGGCAAUGUGAAAAGCCACCAUUGUGAAAGAUCUAUUUAUGGGAAAGCAGCAUCAAAGGCUCUUCAAUUGGCUUAAUUUAUAGCUGUGGGUUUUAGUGCCAUACUGAAACUUCCCUGGUAGAAAGAUAUGUGUGUGUGUGUCCGUGCACCCACCCACCCACUGUUUCCCCUUCUUCAUGCCAGCAACUCAAAAUAUUUUUUAAAAAGUUUACAUUAUUUUCAAAUCUUUGCUUGGUAAGUAUGAAAAAUAAGUAUCUAACUUGCUGCCAUAAUUUAAAGCUUAUUGGGGAGCUGGGGCUGGGAUGUUGUUUGGUGGGUAGAGUAAUAUUGGGGGAGGGGUGGGGAAAACCUUUUUUGUUGUUGGAUUCUGAAAGCUGAGAUUUUCUUGUGCUGGGAACACAUGAAAAUUGUUGAAUAGACAAGCAGACUGUGCAUGUCUCUGAUGCUUUGUAUAAUUCAUACGUGGACAUUUGAGUCUUCGGACAAUAAACAGUAUUAUCAAAUAAAAA